GUCGGCGUGGAAGCACCGAUCCGUGGAACAUCCCGUCCGUCGGCCCAUCCUCCCUGUCUUGCCUACACCGCUUACUACGGGGCAUCUGUGAUUGGCUGGCGCCUCGCUCCGCGCCCUCCCCCCGUGUGUGAUUGUAUGUAAAUCCGGACGGGACCGAGCCCGUGGGUGAGGUUGGGGCUGGUGGCUCCUGCCUCUGAGGCGCACACGAGCGCAGAGAGCGGAGCUGUCCACUCCGCUGUGGUGCUGAACUCCCGCGUUUCUCCAGCUCUGCUGAGCAACCACGUUAUUUUUGGAAAGGAUUAGCAGCGUUCCCUAGAGCUGCUCGUGGGAGCAAACUUCUGCUGUGGACGUCCGUCUCUGACCAAUCGGAAAUACAACACAGCAGGCGCGGAUCGGACCGGAACGGACUCGGAGACCGUCGUCAAUGACACUUAGUUGAGGAGUCUUUCUGGAUUACUCUCUCCUCGCUGUGGCACAGGAUACACAGGAAAACAGCAAUGAAGACGGCUAGACGGUGGUUGCUGCCAACGCUCCUGUUGGGGCUUGCUGUGCUUGGCAUCGAUGGAAAACUCAACAAGGACCAGUUUGGGUCACAGCCCUAUCGAGCAAUCAUGAGAUUUCGCCAUAAGGAUGGGAUCCCACAAGGCCUGAAAACAACAGAUGUGUAUCUUCUCAGCCUGCCAGAUGACCAAAAAGUCAUUGUCACAACCGUGACUGUAGGAGAGAGCACCGUGUUGACCUGUGCCAUAACUGGCGAGCGCAGGCCUUCCAUUUUAUGGAAGCGAAAUCAUCAGAACCUGAACUCCCUGAACCUGGAAGACAUCAAUAUUCCACUUCAGGAUUUUGGAGAUGACGGCUCCCUGUAUAUUACUAAAGUGACUACCACCCACAUGGGCAACUACAGCUGUCAUCCUGAUGGAUAUGAGAAGUUGUUUCAGACCCACAUUCUUCAAGUAAAUGUUCCUCCUGUCAUCCGAGUUUAUCCAGAAAGUCAGGCUAGAGAGCCAGGUAUCACGGCCAGCCUGCGCUGCCACGCCGAGGGCAUCCCCAGUCCACAGCUCUCCUGGCUCAAGAACGGCAUGGACAUUAAGGUCAAGUUGUCCAAACAGCUCACCCUGCAGGCCAAUGGGAGCGAGGUGCACAUCAGCAAUGUGCACUUUGAGGACACGGGCGCCUACACUUGCAUUGCCAAAAAUGAGGCUGGUGUUGAUGAGGAUAUUUCUUCGCUUUUUGUGGAGGAUUCUGCUCGGAAAACCUUGGCAAACAUUUUGUGGAGAGAAGAAGGUCUUGGAAUUGGAAACAUGUUUUAUGUGUUCUACGAUGAUGGGAUUAAAGUCAUCCAACCAGUUGCAUGUGAGAUCCAGCGACACAUUAAACCCAGUGAGAAGCUGCUCGCCCUUCAGGAAGAAGUGUGCCCCAUGUCGCCGGGGGAGACGGUUCAGAAGUGUGUGUGGUCAUCAGCGGUCAACAUCAAGGACAAGUUUAUUUAUGUGACGCAGCCAACCUUGGAUCGAGUGCUCGUUGUUGACAUCCAGUCUCAGAAGGCUGUCCAGACUGUCAGCACUGACCCAUAUCCUGUGAAGCUCCACUAUGACAAGUCUCAUGACCAGGUGUGGCUGCUCAGCUGGGGAGACAUGGACAAGAACUUCCCCACCCUGCAGGUGAUCAAUCAGGCGAGUGGCAGAGUCUCCCACCACACCGUUCACACACAGCCGGUUGGCAGGCGCUUUGACAGAGUAGAGGACUUCUUCAUCCCCGCCUCCAGCCUCAUCGCUAACCAUGUCAGGUUUGGUCUCAUUCUUCACAAAAAUGAGCCUGUCCUGCACAAGAUCAAUCUAGAGACCACUUCUUAUGUAAAGAACAUCAGUUUAUGGGAAUAUAAUUGCAUCCCCAGCUCUGUGGCAUUCACCCAUCUUGGAGGCUACUACUUUGUGAACUGCAAACAAGACUCUACAGGGGCCACACAGCCUCAGGUUAUCCUAGACAGCGUGACAGACCGCGUGAUUGGCCAAAACCAGGAUAUCACUGGGACACCCUAUGUAUCACCAGAUGGUCGCUACCUGGUCACGGUUGAUGAUGAUGAUGGCCUGAUGAGAAUCCAGAGAAUUUCGGAGCAUGGGGAAAUCCAGGAGCCCUUUGACAUUCACACCAACCUGCACCUGUCAGACCUGGCCUUCCAGCGCUCCUUCACAGAGGUGCACCAAUACAACGUGUUUGGCAGCUCCGGCCGUCAAACUGAUGUGCUCUUUGUGGAGUUGAGCAGUGGCAAAGUGAAGAUGAUCAAGAGCUUAAAAGAGGCCACAAAGUCAUUCGACUGGCCGUGGAGCAACAAGAACCGGGUCAUGGUGGGUAGUGGACUCUUUGGGCAGUAUCUUGUAACUCCAUCUAGAGAGUCUGUUUUCAUUCUGGAUGGACGACUCAACAAGCUCAACUGUGAGAUCAUGGAUGUCCUCAAAGGCAAUGUGGUGGUGUGGGUAGGGGACUCCUAAGUCUCAAAAUCCAAUCUGCUUUUUUGUCUUUAUACUAUUGCACUGAAUUCUGUUGCUAAUUGGUUAACUCUGUGAGGGCAGGAUGGUUAAAGCCACAGGUUCAGAACCCCAAUAUGUUUGUGUAAACCGCUCGACAAGGGAAUGUUGUCCAAACUUAAAAAUUUAAAUUAAAAUAAUUUGAUUAUACAGUUUCAAAAGACAAAUCUAUAAUUUUAUUUUCACAUUGUUACUUUCCUUUAUUUAACAAAGUUGGUUGCUCAGAUAAUGUUUCUGGAAAAUUGGUAAGAAUUCACAAAUCUGUGCAUUUUUACUACAUAGUGUUUAGUGUGAAUGCUGUGAAUUAUUUUUGUUAUUCUAACAAAAAGAAGAAAACAGAAAAUGACACAUCUGAAAUUAAUUGGCAAAAAACACAUGCUUUGAAAAGCAUAUUAUAAAUGUAUAGAAUGCACCCAAACCUACUUUUAAAAUUUAAGUUCUCCCAUCUCCAAUCUUUCCUUGUGCCUUUAAGGAAGCUUCCCCUCCAUUAGAGGAAUUAAUGUCAUUAUUUUCAGUGAGGCUGCAAAACACACCCUUUGCUAUGACCCCCUCCAAUCCCACUGAGUGUGGAUUUUCUCAAAACUGCCCCUCUAGCCUAGCCAACCGACCAUCCAAGACAACUUGGUCUAAUUAAAACAGGCCCUUGCUGUGAUUUUAUUAAGUUUGAAGUGGGGACUGAGUGGUUCAUUAUGACUGUGCGCUGUAUAACCUUUGAUCCUACAUUAUAACCAGCUGGAAGGUCUGAAUAUGGUAGUGUGUUCAAUUCCAUUCGAGUCAAAAGCAGAAAAAUGGAAGUCAGUGGUGAUUUCAGGUAAAACAUUCUGAGAUAUUCUCUGGCAAAGAGUAAACAAAGCACUUGCAUGCAGACAUUUCUGUCACGACUUCCAUGUCCCUGGACCAAAAUGAGUAUCUUUUAGUGUGGUAAACAAGCUUUGUUUGUUUUGUUUGGCACUGUGUUUCAAGUGGAUGUGAUAAAUGUAAAGUAACAAUGAACUAGCACACUGGGGAGAGGGGUAGUCAUGGUGUUGUUGAGGUGCUUUAAAGAUAAACUUGGAAGAAAGAGUCCUCUGUAAAUGCUCCUGCUGUAGAGUUGUAGCUGGCAAGACACUGAAGCUGUCUCCUGCUGGACUCAUUUCUAUGCAUUUUCACCCCAUACUCUGGCUAUAGAUCUUAAAGAACAACUGUCUCUCCUUUACAACAAACUUUUACGUUUUUCUGUCAUUCUUUGAAAAAGUUUGUUCUUACAAUGUUUGGUUUUAACUAUAAUUUCUCCUGAUAGUCAUUGAUGUCUUCUGUCCCUCAAACUCACCAGUACUGCUGACGAUAACCUCUGUCUGUACAUAGCUGCUGACUGUGGGUCCAGUAGAUUUUUUAUUAAUGUACAGACUCAUGUAGACUCUGUUAGUUUUGAAGCAAACACUCAGCACACUCCUUUUACUAAUGAAAAGAAAAAAUAGCUCUCCUGGUCUCUUGUUCCUGAGGACAUAGUGAUCACACUCACAUCAUUCACCUGCACAUAGCCAUGUCUUGUAUGUUUCCUCAUGUUAUUGUUAUUCAUAUAUAGAAACAUGCUUGUCAUCAUACCCAGUAAUAAUAAAAAUUAAACUUCGUAACAACA